GCCUGCAUUAUUUAGUAAGACUAGAAAGAUAGUUAUUUUGUUGUUACUAGAGUUUAGUAGCUAGAGAAAAGGCUUUUAAUAAACCCAAAAACCCUAAAAAAAAGAAGAAGAAGCUGUAUUUGAUUCACAUCUUCUUUCUCCUUGGCGGGUUUAGUUAUCACCAGUAAUUGGAUUUCAUCUGUAGUGUCCUUCCUGUGCUUUGAUAGUGAAAGGAGAGACGAAGCUUGAAGACAGACACACAGUCAAUGCUUCUUCUGGUGGAAUUUUGAAGUUGUGGACAGCUUUUGAAAGGGAAUCUCCUCGCGUCUUGUCUGCUCGAGUGGAUUCCGUUCUUUCAAGUUUAAUGUGAAUUCAUUGGAGGAGGGAGAAAAAAAGUGCAGAGAGAGGAGGUGUUGUUGUCAAGUUUGUGAGUUUUUGUAUUCAUCUGCAAGGGGAAGAGAGUCUUCUUGGUGGGGGCAGUAGCUAAAUAGUGCAAAGCUAGAAGAAUCCUGUUAUCUUCCUGAAUCUUGUGAGAGGUACAGUACCUUUUGAAUAUCGUGUUAUAAAGACAUACCAAAAGAAACUCUCUUGUAUUCUCUUACGUUUCUCUCUCUGCUAUUGAAGUCUUAAAUGAGUCGUUUACUGAAGCGAGGGAAGCAGGAAAAGCCUCUAGUAUCUGAUGGGGCUGAGAAGGUUAUCGUCGCUGUUAAAGCCUCUAGGGAGAUUCCAAAGACAGCUUUGAUUUGGGCUUUGACUCAUGUCGUUCAGCCUGGGGACUGCAUUACCCUCAUCGUUGUUGUCCCUUCUCAAAACUCCGGAAGAAAACUUUGGGGUUUCACUAGGAGUUUCCCUAUGUUUGCUGGAGAUUGUGCAAGUGGUCACCGCAAACCACAUUCUGAAGCACUUCCAGCGAUUAAAAGUGAUCUCACUGACACUUGUUCCCAAAUGAUUCUCCAGCUUCAUGAUGUCUAUGAUCCCAAUAAGAUAAAUGUCAAUAUUAAGAUUGUUUCUGGAUCACCCUAUGGAGCUGUUGCUGCUGAGUCUAAGAAAGCACAAGCUAAUUGGGUCGUCCUAGACAAACACCUCAAGCAGGAAGAGAAACGGUGUAUGGAUGAAUUGCAAUGCAACAUUGUGGUGAUGAAGCGUUCUCAGGCAAAAGUUCUACGCUUAAAUUUGGUUGCUGAGAAAGGCUCUCCUCCUUUACCAACCGGACAAGAAGCAGCAUCUGAAAAAGACACAAAGAACACAAAAGGAUCGUCAGAUUCUAACAGAGAACUACCUGUAACUCCCACUAGCAGCCCUGAGCUGGGGACACCAUUCACAAGCACAGAAGCUGGGACUUCAUCAGUGUCAAGCUCUGACCCAGGAACUUCACCGUUCUUCACCUUGGGAACGAGUGGGUACAUGAAGAAAGAUGGAGCAUUGGUCAUCAAGGAGAACGAUGAUUCCGCCUCCGAAACAGAUAGCGAAAGCCAAUCAUUAGCGUCAACGAGUAUGAGAUUCCAGCCGUGGAUAUCAGAAUAUGUUAGCACACAUCGCCAUUCAUCCCUAGACGCCGAUGACAGGGCUCAAAUAUCCACUACAAAGGCUUUGCUUGAGAAGUUCUCUAAGCUGGAUGUAAAAGCUGGAUUGUCCUCUAGCAGCAGGAGUGAUCUGGAGUUUAGUGGAAACGUGAGAGAUGCUAUAUCACUCUCUCGGAAUGCUCCUCCUGGCCCGCCUCCUCUCUGUUCCAUCUGCCAGCACAAGGCCCCGGUGUUUGGGAAACCACCUAGGCUGUUUUCAUACGCCGAGCUAGAGCUUGCAACAGAGGGUGGAUAUGGAUCUGUUCAUCGAGGUGUACUACCGGAAGGCCAGGUAGUUGCAGUAAAGCAGCACAAACUGGCGAGUUCUCAAGGAGAUGUAGAGUUUUGUUCCGAAGUGGAAGUUCUCAGCUGUGCUCAGCAUAGGAACGUUGUUAUGCUAAUUGGUUUCUGCAUUGAAGACAGGAGACGGCUCUUGGUUUAUGAGUACAUAUGCAAUGGCUCACUUGACUCCCAUCUAUACGGUCGUCAAAGGGAGACACUAGAAUGGCCAGCACGGCAAAAGAUUGCUGUUGGAGCUGCAAGAGGUCUUCGGUAUCUUCAUGAAGAGUGCAGAGUUGGUUGUAUUGUCCACAGAGACAUGCGUCCUAACAACAUCCUCAUCACUCAUGAUAACGAGCCACUGGUCGGAGAUUUUGGUCUAGCGAGAUGGCAGCCUGACGGAGAACUAGGUGUAGAAACACGAGUGAUAGGUACCUUCGGCUAUUUAGCUCCAGAGUAUGCUCAAAGCGGGCAGAUCACAGAGAAAGCGGAUGUCUACUCGUUCGGGGUUGUUUUAGUUGAGCUAGUCACAGGCCGCAAAGCCAUUGACAUUACUAUGCCGAAAGGACAGCAAUGCCUCACUGAAUGGGCACGUCCACUACUUGAAGAAUAUGCUGUAGAAGAACUUAUAGAUCCAAAGCUUGGGGACUGUUUUGUAGAAAGCGAGGUCAUUUGUAUGCUUCACGCAGCUUCCUUGUGUAUACGUAGAGACCCACAUUUGAGGCCACGCAUGUCUCAGGUGUUGCGUAUACUGGAAGGAGAUAUGAUAAUGGAUGGGAACUACUGCUCAACUCCAGGGUCAGAGGCAGGCAACAGAAGCGGGCGGUUGUGGGCUGAUCAUUACAGUAGCGGUCAGCUAACAAAAGAUGGGUUUGGGUCGGAUAGGUUCAGUGAAAGGCUGUCUGUUGAAACGCCAAGACUAGCUUUAAGGGAAAAGGAAAGAGGUCAGAGGUUGGAACUAAACAACCACAAGAAGCAAUACUAAGGAUUGAGAGAGUAAAUCAGAUAGCAGUGUCAUGAAAAGUUUUAGUUGGUAGGGUAAACAGCCCCUGUUUUCAUCAAUGUGGUCCAAAGCUGGGAAGAAAGCUUUUUUCUCUGACUCUUUUGUUAUUUCUGUUUGUAUAGCGGGUAAGAUGAAAGAAAAAAACAGUUGCUAUAUAUGUUAUCAAGGAACUUGAAAUUGUUUUUUGGUAAAAGGAAAUGAUUACAAAAUGACA